ACAAAAAAAGUGUUGACACGUUGACAGAACAUUUGGUUCGUGUCUUACGAAGAAUUAAUUACAAUUAUUUUAGUAUUGGCAUAUUUAGUUAACCACCGAGGCGCAAGUCAGGCGAAAAAAACUGCUGCAAUAACGUUAGAAACAGCCGAAACCGAAGAUUCCCGCGAACGCCCGGAAAACUUACGUCUUAAGUCAGCUGCUGUGUGGCAGCAAAACCUUCAUUUAGUUAUUAACCAGCUGCAAACCAAAUAGAGGAAGAUAUAUAGUAAGGAUGCGAAACGAGCAGCUGAACAGCCAAAGGAACGACACCAGCAUCAGCAAGAGCAAAAAUAACAAAAACUUAACUUCAAUGCUGUGGCUGUCGCUGGUAGCACUGAUGGCUCUGCUGCAGGGCAGCGCAGCAGUGGAGUUCACGUUCGAUUUGGCGGACAAUGCCGAGGAUUGCUUCUACGAGGAGAUCAAACGCAAUACGAGCGCAUAUUUCGAAUUUCAGGUAUCGGCUGGCGGCCAGCAGGAUGUGGAUGUGACACUGAAGGAUCCACAGAAUAAGAUUAUCUAUUCGCUGGAGCGCGCGACUUUCGAUAGCCAUCAGUUUACGGCCGAGAUAACUGGCGUUUAUACGGCCUGUUUUAGCAAUAAAUUCUCUGCGUUCUCGCACAAAAUCGUCUACGUGGACUUUCAGGUAGGUGACGAGCCGUCCCUGCCUGGCGUUGACGAGCACGCCACGGUGCUAACCCAAAUGGAGACGUCGGCUCAGGCAAUACACAAAGCACUUAACGACAUACUCGACGCCCAGACGCACCAUCGCCUAAGAGAGGCCCAAGGACGUAAACGCGCUGAGGACAUCAAUCAGCGUGUCAUGGUCUGGGCUUCCUUGGAAACGGCGAGCGUCAUCCUGAUCGGCCUCGUCCAAAUCCUAGUGUUGCGCAACUUCUUCACAGAUCGCAAGCCCAGCCAGGCGCGUUAUGGACGCCUCUAAGGGUAACACUCGAGGCAGCUGGAGCAGCGAAACUAUCUCUAACAUAAUACACA